GUAGUUUGUAUAUUCUAGAGCAUACUGAUUAGGGUCUGCUGUAAUGCAGUGUGUGUCAAAUGCCCAGAUUUAUUUUGGAGAUGAUAGUGGCGAUAUCUGGUUGGAAUUUGGAAUCUGAUUCUAACAGCAACUAUGUCUAGAAAGACUAGAAUUACUGGAGUUUUGGGACCCCAGGGGUUUUUGCAAUGCAAGUUACCAUCAUGGCUUUUUGUUAUUCAGAGUGUUUAGUCUAUGAAGAUGAGUAAAUGGUUGUUUUCAAGAUUCAAAUCCCUUGCCAUGGUAAUGAUAAGUGAUUAAUUUUAUAGAUUGACUAUAGUAGUUUAGUGAGCAGAGUUACAGUUAUGAGCAUUAAUUCCCAAGACCAGUUCCCCUAACUCACCUUGUGCUCAAAUAUGAAAAAGGACACCACAGAAGAUGUCAGUUACUCUCAGAUUAGAUAAAAAUGGUCAACCUUGAAGUCAGUGAACAAUCCUCAGGAGAGUUCACUGAGUGCACUGUGCCAGGUACUGGGGUGGAGGUAUGUGGGUAUCUGGAAGGAGAAAUAAUAGAAAAUAAAAGAUGCUGUUCCCACUCUUACGGUGCUGUGGGUGGAGUCACUUAAUGGCAAGAAUUUGAUUAACUUGAACUGAACUUUUGGUUGGCCCGCUGUGGUUCUACUCCUUAUAACACCUAAUUAUGGCACAGGGGUUGUACGUUUUCGAGUCUGCCAGUCCUCUCAUUGUUAUGAUUUGGACUUCCUUGAGGGUCUCAGCCUUCUUGUAGGAAAGUCCUUAUUUAAUAGGCGCCACAGCAUUUGGUAUGUUUCUCUUAUACUUUCUUCUUAAGAUAGAGGUCUGUGAGAUAAACUGUAAGACUGUGCUGGGGUGAUGGGGGCAAUGGUAUUGAUGGCAUCUGUUUUUUCUGUCUCAGAACUUGGUCCUGAUGUCUGACCAUGGAGAUGUGAGCCUCCCGCCCGAAGACCGGGUGAGGGCUCUCUCCCAGCUGGGUAGUGCGGUAGAGGUGAAUGAAGACAUUCCACCCCGUCGGUACUUCCGCUCUGGAGUUGAGAUUAUCCGAAUGGCAUCCAUUUACUCUGAGGAAGGCAACAUUGAACAUGCCUUCAUCCUCUAUAACAAGUAUAUCACGCUCUUUAUUGAGAAACUACCAAAGCAUCGAGAUUACAAAUCUGCUGUCAUUCCUGAAAAGAAAGACACAGUGAAGAAAUUAAAGGAGAUUGCAUUUCCCAAAGCAGAAGAGCUGAAGGCAGAACUGUUAAAACGAUAUACCAAAGAAUAUACAGAAUAUAAUGAAGAAAAGAAGAAGGAAGCAGAGGAAUUGGCCCGAAACAUGGCCAUCCAGCAAGAGCUGGAAAAGGAAAAACAGAGGGUAGCACAACAGAAGCAGCAGCAAUUGGAACAGGAACAGUUCCAUGCCUUCGAGGAGAUGAUCCGGAACCAGGAGCUAGAAAAAGAGCGACUGAAAAUUGUACAGGAGUUUGGGAAGGUGGACCCUGGCCUAGGUGGCCCGCUAGUGCCUGACUUGGAGAAGCCCUCCUUAGAUGUGUUCCCCACCUCACCUGUCUCAUCCACACAGCCUUCAGACUGUCAUACAACUGUAAGGCCAGCUAAGCCACCUGUGGUGGACAGGUCCUUGAAACCUGGAGCACUAAGCAACUCAGAAAGUAUUCCUACAAUCGAUGGAUUGCGCCAUGUGGUGGUGCCCGGGCGACUGUGCCCACAGUUUCUCCAGUUAGCCAGUGCCAACACUGCCCGGGGAGUGGAGACAUGUGGAAUUCUCUGUGGAAAACUGAUGAGGAAUGAAUUUACCAUUACUCAUGUUCUCAUCCCCAAGCAAAGUGCUGGGUCUGAUUACUGCAACACAGAGAACGAAGAAGAACUUUUCCUCAUACAGGAUCAGCAGGGCCUCAUCACACUGGGCUGGAUUCAUACUCACCCCACACAGACUGCGUUUCUCUCCAGUGUCGACCUACAUACUCAUUGCUCUUACCAGAUGAUGUUGCCAGAGUCGAUAGCCAUUGUUUGCUCCCCAAAGUUCCAGGAAACUGGAUUCUUUAAACUAACUGACCAUGGACUGGAGGAGAUUUCUUCCUGUCGCCAGAAAGGAUUUCACCCACACAGCAAGGAUCCACCUCUGUUCUGUUUUCUAAGCCUGUACUUCAAUAAGAGAUUUGAAUGCAAAGGAAAAGAGAAGCCACUUAAGAGCUGCAGCCACGUGACCGUUGUGGACAAAGCAGUGACCAUCACAGACCUUCGAUGAGCGUUUGAGUCCAACACCUUCCAAGAACAACAAAACCAUAUCAGUGUACUGUAGCCCCUUAAUUUAAGGUUUCUAGAAAGCUUUGGAAGUUUUUGUAGACAGAAUAGAAAGUGGGGCAUCACCUGAGAAAGAGUUGAUUUUGUUUCAGGUUUGAAAAGAAAUAACUGAACAUAUCUUUUAGACAAGUCAGAAAGAGAACAUGAUCACCCAAAAGCAACUGUAACUCAGAAAUUAAGUGGAAAGAAUGGUAUAAUGAACCCCCAUAUACCCUUCCUUCUGGAUUCACCAAUUGUUAACAUUUCUUUCCUCUCAGCUGUCCUUCUAAUUUCUCUGUCAAUUUGUUCAUAUUUACCUCUGGGCUCAAUAAGGGCAUCUAUGCAGAAAUUUGGAAGCCAUUUAGAAAAUCUUUUGGAUUUUCCUGUGGUUUAUGGCAAUAUUAAUGGAGCUUAUUACUGGGGUGAGGGACAGCUCACUCCAUUUCACCAGAUGGUGAGGCUAACACAUCCUGAAGAGUGAUUUUGUCAGGAAUUAUUGUUAUUUAACAAGUGUUUUCAGGAUAUUUUUCCUCUACAAUAAAGUAACAAUUAACUUA